GAAGUGCCUUACGAUGACUGAUGGUCAAAUUCAUUUGUCCUACUUUAUCUGCGGACCACUCUUUAUACUUAUGGUAUUUAUAUAUUUCUACUACUGGUAUUUAAAUGUCCGCGAGUGUCGAAGAUCCCUUGGGCGUGAGCCCCCGCCUUCUUUACUUGACGAUAUUUCUCAGGAACGAGUGCAAGUCUAUUGACAAAGUACUUGCACUCGAGUUUACUCAAUAUGAAUCACUGCACAGACAAAAAGAAUUACUUAUUAAGUACAUUUAACCGUUUCAACACUUAGUAAAUGUUAAUAAUGGAGAUUAUAGUGAAGUGUUAUUACCAUAAAAUAUAUAUAAACAAAUGUUCAUAUUAUUUUUGCAUCAGAUAGCGGAAUUUAUCACUCAAAGCGUACUCAUUUGUUGUUUCCAUAAACAGCGCUUUAAAUAGUCUGUUAUUUGUUUUCAUUAGUAACAAAAGUUACUCCUCAUCUUCAACAAAUUUUCUGAAAAUUGAUGUAAAGU